AUGGCAGUACUCCACGUCUUAGAGCUCCCCUGCGAGAUUUUAGACCAAAUCAUCUCUGAAGUACGAGGUAGUUUGAGGCCAGUCUCGUGCGCGUGUCGUACAUUCCGCGUCCUGUGCGAGCCUAGGAUCUGGAGUCAUGUGUCUUUGAAAGGAUCACAGCCUUCAAGUCUCCCAGCGCUUGUGAAAUACUGGCACUUGCGCACUGAAAUCGCCGCAUAUGUGCUUGACCUUAAUGUCGACUGGGAGCGAAUCAACCGAAAGAAGGAGAAAAUCAAAAGCGAAGAUGUUGCCGAACUUCAGAUCAUCGUCAAAAGCUUGAACCUCGAUUUGCCAGAAAACUGGCAUACCUUGACAGAGAACUUAUCCAUACUGGCGGGUAUCGCAUUCCUCCAGGCGCGGAAUGUUCGACAACUAUCUAUCACGGCGGACAAAAAGUCGGAAUAUUUCUUCAAAGCCUUGCCAUUUCCGGAGGAGACUUCCACACGCUUGCGAAAUUUGACGGAUUUACGUUUCGUUGCCAGUCAGACUGGCACAUGGCCUGUUCUACUCGAUCAAAUCUUCCCUCUCAUGAAACUCGCUCCUUCAUCAAAAGCUUUUAUGGAAUCAACACUUGUGGGAAGUUUGAGGGCAUGGAUUGGAACGGCAUCGUAA